CACGCCUGUCUCAACAUCUUGGUCAUCAUUAAGGCUAUGCAUUACGUCUGACAUCCUCCACGCAAUCUCACGACAUCCUGGCGACGGUUUCAUCGGGUCCGCAACCUAAGCCUGGACGACUUCGACCUCCUAAGCUCAUUCGUCGACCUCGAUUCGGCGCUGGGAUAACGGAUUUGCACGGAUCUCCCUCCUUGCAAGCCUCUCAUGCUGGCCACAGAGCGUCCCAGGAUGGGUUCGUCGCGGCCGGCAAACGGCGAUAUGCCGUUCAAUUACGAUUAUCCAGAUCAUAACGAGUUCGGGAUGCCAGUUGCUGCUCCUGAGCCUCCCCGUGGGGAGCCUCUGUUGACACAAAAUGACUCGCAACUUCUCAUGAACUUUUUCCAGGACAUCAACUCGAAUCAGUUCAACUUCUCCUUUGGCGAGGGCCUGAGUUUCAGUGACGACUGGCUAAACCUCCCUCCUACUUUCAUGGGUUCAUCAACAUCUUUCGGCCAACAGCCGUCACAGCCGUAUUCGUCAGUACCACCGGACUUCCUGGGGCUGGACACGACAAAUCUGAACAACAUGUACCACUUUGGGGAGUCGAUGCCAUCGCCACAUACUCCGAUGACACCCAUAUCACAACACCAACCGCAACAACAUCAGCACCACCGCCCAAUACCACAACCACAACAUCACCUCCCUUCGCCACACUAUCCGCCGCCUGCCCCGCCACAGCAGCACAGGCCACAGCAGCGUUACCAGGAGCCCCAGCGCCAACAAAUGCACAUGCAACAGUCCCAUCCUCAAGCACAGCAUGCCUUGCAUACACCGGCGGAUCACACGGCCCAAGAAGAUAUUGCGGCGGUGCUCACAGCGAUGGGCAACGGAAACCAGAACGGGCACAACCAAAAUGGACAUAGGAUAAUACAGCAGCAUAACGGCCGGCCGGCGCCUUACCGCUCACCAACAGAGCCGACCAGACCUACAAAUGCACAGCACUUUGGGGUCCAGCGGCAAGCGAGCCAUCCACGCCUGCACGCCGAGGAAGAGACCGACAACCUGUUUACCAACAUGGUGUUCGGCAACCAGCAUAUGCGACAAAAUCGCCCGCCAGAGGCCAGGACAGAAUUGCAGUGGGGCUCAGACUCUGCCUUUGACAGGAAUCAGGGCUACAUACCAUCGUCACAUAACGAGACAGCCGAGGCGCUGGAAAAGGAGCGAUUGGAGUACAUCAAGUGCUUCAGUCUCAAUAAAAGCGCGGCUAAUACCCAGCCUUCCAGCCCCAACCCUGCUGGCGUUGAGGGCUCCUUCGGCGCGAAUGGUCACCUGGGUAUUGCAAAUGACGCAGGGGAGACAGAUGGCACAAUGCCUCCAACGAAACGACGAAAGAGCAAGGCCAAGGUUGACAUCAGCGGAGCCGUCAGCAGCGAGCCCCCUACGUUCGAAGCCAAGCCCCCGCCGAAGAAGCGGAAGCCCAAGACUGAGACGAAUGGCUUAGCAGCCGGGACCAGCGGUGGCUUGGUGAAUGCGGGAGUGGCAGCAGUAGCAGCAGCAGCAGCAGCAGCAGCAGCAGCCACAACCUCCACGCCUUCGGAGACGCCGAAGCGCAAGAGACCCAGCGCCGCCAAGCCACCGCGUGAGAAUCUGACCGAUUCGCAGAAGCGUGAGAAUCACAUCAAGAGCGAGCAGAGGCGCAGAGGCGCCAUCAAGGAAGGCUUCGACGGCUUGACCGAGAUUAUACCAAACCUCAAGGCUGGCGGGUACAGCAAGAGCAUGAUGCUCGGCAUGGCCGGCGACUGGCUGCAGAAGCUGAUUGAGGGCAACCGCGCCCUUGCGGAGCAGCAGAAUAUAUAAAAGAAAAUCCUCCCUGUAUACCAUUGCAUAACUGCAAAUGACGAGAGAAGGUAGAUGAGCAAAAGAGGAGGGAAGGGACUGCAGAGAGUCGAGGAGAGCGAUAUUGAUGAUUAUACCACAGAGAGAGAGCGCAGAGAGAGAGUGUGAGUGAGUGAGUGAGGAAAGGAGAAGAAGAGGUUCACAUCAUAAUGUAAUCCAUUAUUCGAAAGGUCAAAUCAAAGA